AAAGUAGUAGGGAUUAUUUCCGGUGACGUCGGCUCUUGGGCUGAUGCUUCACGCGGGAAACAGCGAGGUCUCCUCAUCACAUUGACAUUGAACAUCACUUCUUGUGGAGGCAGAGAUGGGAGACACGCUUGAGUUCAACGAGAUCUACCAKGAAUCCAAGGGGUCCUGGGCGUGUAUGCCUGGGACACGGCAUCAAGCUGGCCACCAGCACCGGGCAUGUCUACAAAUAUGACGGCUUCAGAGACACGGAUUACGAGAGGAUCUCGGAGUUCUUCAAGGCCAACUACAAGGUGGAGCUGACAGAGAAGGACAUGUGUGUGAAGGGCUGGAACUGGGGCACUGCUAAAUUCUCUGGUCCGUUGCUGUCGUUUGACGUGAAUGACAGCUCCGUGUUUGAGAUCCCCCUGGCCAGCGUGUCCCAGUGUGCCACAGGGAAGAACGAGGUGACGCUGGAGUUCCACCAGAACGAUGACGCUGAGGUCUCUCUCAUGGAGGUCCGUUUCUACGUCCCCCCCGGCCCCGCAGACGAGGGGRCAGACCCCGUGGAGGCUUUUGCCGCGAAUGUGCUGUCUAAGGCAGAUGUGAUCCAGGCUACAGGAGAUGCUGUGUGUGUCUUCAAAGAGCUGCAGUGCCUCACACCCAGGGGCAGGUAUGAUAUCCUUAUCUACCCCGCCUUCCUCCACCUCCAUGGUAAGACGUUUGACUACAAGAUCCCCUACACCACUGUGCUGCGUCUCUUCCUGCUACCACACAAGGAUCAGAGACAGAUGUUCUUUGUGAUCAGUCUGGACCCGCCCAUCAAGCAGGGACAGACCCGUUACCACUUCCUCAUCCUGCUCUUCUCUAAGGAGGAGGAGCUCUGCCUCACCCUCAACAUGAGCGAGGAGGAGGUGGAGAAGCGGUAUGAAGGGAAGCUCACUAAGAACAUGUCAGGUUCUCUCUAUGAGAUGGUCAGCAGAGUGAUGAAGGCUCUGGUCAACAGGAAGAUCACCGUGCCCGGAAACUUCCAGGGGAACACCCCAGGGGCCCAGUGUAUAACAUGUUCCUACAAGGCCCAGUCCGGYUUGCUCUACCCGCUGGAGAGGGGUUUCAUCUACGUGCACAAGCCGCCCGUCCACCUGCGCUUCGAGGAGAUCUCCUGUGUCAACUUCGCCAGAGGCACCACCACCACGCGCUCCUUUGACUUCGAGGUGGAGACCAAGCAGGGGAACCAGUUCACCUUCAGCAGCAUAGAGAGGGAGGAGUACGGGAAGCUGUUUGACUUUGUAAACGCCAAGAAACUCAACAUCAAGAAUAGAGGAUUCAAGGAGAAGAAGGGCAUGAAGAGUAAGAACAACGAGUACAGUGACUCCGAUGAAGACCAGCACGAUGCCUACCUGGAGAGGAUGAAGGCUGAGGGCAAGAUCAGAGAGGAGGGAGACGGCAGCAACGACUCGGACGAAGAGACCGAUGAGUCUUUCAACCCUGGGGAGGAGAGUGAUAUUGCUGAGGAGUAUGACAGUAACGCGUCAGAGAGCGACAGCGGCAGCGGAGGUGAUGGCAGCGAUGACGAGGGAAAGAAGAAUAAACCUGCAAAGAAGGCCAAGGUAGUGAAGGAGAGGAAGGAGAGGAAGCCACGCAAAGAGAAGAAGCAGAAGGACACCAACGCCCCCAAGAGGCCGAUGAGUUCCUACAUGCUGUGGCUCAACUCCAGCCGCGAGCACAUCAAGUCGGAAAACCCCGGAAUCUCAAUCACGGAGAUCUCCAAGAAGGCCGGAGAGAUGUGGAAACAGAUAGGGAAGGAAGACAAAGAGGGGUGGGACAGGAAAGCAGAGGAGGCUAGGAAGAACUAUGAGAAAGCCAUGAAGGAAUACCGAGAGAGCGGUGGAGGCUCCUCUACACCCGCCAAGAAGGAGAGCAAGAAGGCAGGAGGUAAGGAGGACAAGAAGGCAGGAGGCAAGAAGAGGAAGUCUGACGGAGGAGAGAAAGAAAAGGAGCAAGGAGGGAACGACAGUUUUAAGAGCCGAGAGUUUAUCUCCAGCGAGGAGAGUUCGUCUGAGGGUGAACGGAAGAAGGCCAAGAAAGCCAAAGGCAAACCCAAGGGCAAGGAGUCUGAGGAAGAGGAGGAAGUGAUGACCACGCCCCCCAGCUCUGAGGUGGACUCUGACUAAGGAGAGGGGGAGGGGCCUCGCUGGAGCUUCUGAUGACAGAACGAACAGGGAACAUUUGGACAAGUUUACACAGUGACAGGUGCACAAAGACAUGCAGAUCAUACAACGCUCACACACAUACAUACACACACACACACUAAGCGUUACAUGGACCAAUAACUUGUACUCUCUCUGUCCCACACAUUCUUAGAAAGUGAAUUAUGUACUACAUUACCCAUGAUUUUACUGGGUUCUAUUCUAUUCGCCCCAUGGGGGUGGUUGUAGUUUAAUAGCACUGAGACAUGCAGAGGGGUCUUCAGUCUUGAGUUUUUUUUUGUUGUUGCCUGUCCUUUUGACCUGUUUAGAGAAAUGAAGAACUGCAAUUCUGUACUUUUUUUUUACAUUUUAAUUUUGUUUAGUUACAAUGUCAUGUUUGUUUCUUUGUUUUCAAACAGAAUUAAUAAAUCUUUUGUAAUAAAAUCUUUGUGAUUGUU